UUUUCAAAAAAUUGUUGGGGGAAAAUUUUCGUUUGGCCGGAGAUGAAGAUAGGGGCGUUUCGGGAUAGUUGGCUUAUGCGGGCUCCGGUACUUUCUCCGGCGGUUCACGGCUCAAUUCGCCGGAAUGGAAAGUCGCAGCUUGGGUUUCGUCUCUCGAACAGGUUUUCUCGUGGUGUGGUUCUGGCUGUUCAAGGAGGAAGAGGAUAUGAAUCUCCAUGGGAUGAAAAACCCUAUGAAACUCUUCCCACUGGUAAAAGGGUUUACGUUGAUGAAUCUGAUGUUGUGACGUUUCUUGAUCCACCCAAGGAGUUGAUUCCAUUGGAUCCUGCUUCAUAUAACCCGGCUGCUUAUCUCUGGAAAAAGAUUGAAGACAUCCCCGAAGAGAGGCGCCACCAUUUGCUGCAAUUAUUAGAGCCGAGACUUAUAUCUAAAGCAUGGGAAAUAGCAAGCACUCGGUAUGAAGAUCCAAAGUUAGCUAAAAUGACUGCAUCCAAGUUAUUCUCUACUGGAGAUGCGGAAAUUUCAUUUGAAUACUUUAGCUGCCGAACAAGUCAGGGUCCACUGAUCGUAUCUUGGAUAAAUUUCUUCAAGAUGGCUUUGUUUCGCUCCAACAACGGCCAAAUCUAUGGGCGAGUUUGUGGUGGACCGGUAGUUUCAACCCUUGCCAAUGCUUUAAGUCCGCUAUACUUUGAGGUCACAGAAGCUAUGGAAGUUAUGGCCACAGAAGAACCCUGCGAUGUUGCAUGCAAAUUUGGUGAUGGGCUUCUUGCUAUUGAAGAUUACCCACAAGGCUUCCCUAGACCAGCAAAGCAUCCGUAUCCAUUCAACGACAGUGUGGUCAUAUACAUACGCCACAUCGGUCCAGGUGUAUGCGUGGGACAGGCAUGGCAAGAAGGUAAAGAACUGCAACAAGUUCCUCAAAGAUUAUGCUCCGACAUUUUAAUGGUCAAACAAUACAGAUGAAUGAAGGAGAGGCCUUUGUUAACGUAAAUUGCAAGCUUUUCACACUAGCUUGAAGAGCUUUUAGUUUAACUUGAAUUAGAAAGUGAAAACAGAUUGCUUGAAAAGCUUUUUGUUAACGUAGAUUCUGAUUCCUUUAAGACAGAAAAUUCAAUUAAUGGUGAUACAAAUUAAAAGGGAUGAGAUUAUUAAA